GCAGAUACACUGUGGCUUUUAGCCUCUUACUAGCACUGAAGCUCCAGUCAGGCCACCACCAUCGUGGGAGAGAAAGAGAAAAGACAAACCACGCCAUCAGACUAGCUGGCUAACCUCAGACCUUCAGCCCCCUGCGUGACAGAGGACCACAAACCCAGCCCUCCACGCCGGCCCUCUUCCACCACCCGGGUUCCAUUAGGUGGGCCCCCUCUCAUCUCCAGCCCUGGUCGGUGGAGAACGACUGCAGCGUGGGCUCCACACUGUUCUGGUUUCCCUGUCAUGGCAUCCAACAGCAUCUUUGACUCCUUCUCCAACUACAGCAGCAGUCUACUCAGAGAGCCGCCCACCACUAGACGGUUCACGCCGCCCUCCACGUCCUUCCCCUGCAGUAAGAUUGGAGACGGCAACGGGGCCAUGGCCACCCCGGGGCCCCUCAGGUCAAGACCCGACACCAGGAACGUGGUGGACGUCCUGGCGGACCACGCCGGCGAGCUGGUCAGGACCGACAGCCCCAACUUCCUCUGCUCCGUCCUCCCGUCUCACUGGAGGUGCAACAAGACGCUCCCCGUGGCUUUCAAGGUCGUCGCUCUCGGUGAUGUUCCCGACGGGACGCUGGUCACCGUGAUGGCCGGGAACGAUGAGAACUACUCGGCCGAGUUGAGGAACGCCUCCGCCGUGAUGAAGAACCAGGUGGCCCGCUUCAACGACCUGCGCUUCGUGGGCAGGAGCGGACGAGGAAAGAGCUUCACUCUGACCAUCACUGUGUUCACCGGACCGCCACAAGUGGCCACCUAUCACCGCGCCAUCAAAGUCACCGUGGAUGGACCCCGAGAACCGCGCAGGCACAGAGUGAAGAUAGAAGACCCCCAGAAGAUGCAGUUCUCGGACAGGCUGUCAGAGAUCGAGCGCUACCAGCGGAGUAUGCGAAUAGGCCCAGUGAACAAUAAUCCCCGCCCCAUCCACCAAACCCACCUCAGCACCACACAAGCCCUGUGGCAGGAGCAAAUGGACACCCCCGCUCUGAAGACAUGCAAGGUGGAGGAGGACCUGAGACCAUGGCCAGGGACUACAGAUAUCUUCCAACAAAGGACCACCUUCCCGUCUCUGUCGCCACUGACUGACCCUCGUUUCUCAGACCCCCGCAUGCACUACCCCGGGGCCUUCCCCUACUCCGCCAACACCUCCAGCACUGGCAUUAGCGGCCUCAGCAUGUCAGCCUCUUCUAGAUACCACACCUACCUGCCGCCCCCCUACUCAAACAACCAAACCCAGAACUUCCAGUCCAACUCCUACCUGUAUUACGGCACAGGCUCUGGAUCCUAUCAGUUCUCCAUGGUGGCGCCGGGGAACACCGGGGGCGAGCGCUCCCCCACCCGCCUGCUGUCCUGCUCGGGGGCCACGGGUGCCGGAGGGACCAACAGCCUGAUGAACCCGGGCCUGAACACCCAGAGCGAGGGCGUGGAGGCUGACGGCAGCCACAGCAACUCCCCCACUGCCAUGAGCGCCUCGGGGCGCUUGGAUGAGUCCGUCUGGAGGCCUUACUGACUGACAGAGAGUUAGACAAUCAGAGAGAAGUGAGGGAGGAAAAGCAAAGAGGAUGAUGAACAAAAAAAGAUGAACACUGAAAGAAAAAAAACAAACAAAAAAAAGAGAAAUGCUGCAUGUUUGUCUUUUAUUUCUCCGACACUCGCUUUAAAGACUUUCUGCGUUUUACCAACUCUCAAGACUUCCAUGUAUUUUGUACAUUUUGAGUAAACUUCUGCACUGUGCUAAAACAUGUACUCUUAAAGGACUAUAAAAGCCAUAAAAGUUGAGAUAAUGUUCAGCUGAAACUGUAAAUAGACGCGAGAAGCCAUAGUAACUUUUCAGGAUCUCUUGUCUGGUGUAAACCAUGACUCAUUAAAGACAAAAAGACAAUGGCAGUAUGACGGCGGUUAACAGCUGAUGAACUGAAAAACCACAGGGGAAAUUCAUCAAACAGACUGUUCAGACUGAUCCAACUGACUUGGUAGGUGGAGACGAGCAGUCCAACUGGAUGUUUGCUCCUUGAGUGACUCAGACAUCCUUCCAAGGCAUGGCUGCACUGCUGUAGCAAUCGGUUCUUCUAAGCUUUAAUUUCUGUAAAAAAAAGAAAAAUUGCAAAAAUAAUAAUUUGUGUCAGUUGUGAAAACAUCUUCAGUUAUAUCCAGGGCUAUUUCAUGUGCUAACAGUACUCAUGCAGUACUUUUUUACCUAAUUUAUUAUCCAAAUGGACACAUUAGCCUUUGGUGCUCCGGUAUGUAGUGGCUAUUUCAGCACAAUCGCUGAGAGAGAAACAUUUUAUCUGUCAGGACUCACAUGUUUAAGAAAUAAAUUCUCCUCUGCUGUGUCUUCAGUGUAUCCAGUUACAACAGGACAAUGGCUGAUAUUUUGAGGAAUGUAAAAGACAGAGAGGGGUGUUUAUUGGUUUCUUUUUCUGCAGGAAUAUUUAAGUCCUGUUGUGUCUACUCUUUACUGUUUCUUAGAUUUCGUAUUCAUGCCCUUCCUUUUCUGGAAAAAAAAGUCCUAGUCUGGUAUUUUUGAACUGGAUGACACAGUUUACUUUUGAUAUUUAUUUGAGCCAAAUUGUGAGGAAAUGUUCGCAUAUACCCAAAAUCCUUAAGCAUUUCUCUCUACCUUUCCUUUUUUAUAUAUAUAUAAAUAUACAGUAUAUAUGCCAUAUUUUGUUGUUAAGUAUAAAUUUGGAAUUUGUGUAAUAUAUUGCUACUAAAUUAUAAAAAACAAAACAAAACCUUUAAUGUAAUUAUUUUGUCUUCCAAUGUAGCUUUGAUGCACUAAAAACCUUUAUUCCUUGUGAACCACGCCCAACAGAUUCUGUUAGUGAGAUGGUGUAUCUAGAGCCGCAAUCUUUUAAACAAUUUCCAAAUUGCCUUCCUGCGUUAAAUAAGCCAAUCGCUUAAUUUUUGCACUAUGUUUGAACUUUUUUGGUUUUAUAUUUACAAAUAUCUGAAACUCUGACAAACUAAAUAUUAAAUAUUCCUUCACAUAUAUUUGCUGAACAUACUUAAAGUGUCCUUUUAAAAAAAAACUUCACUAAGUAAUUAAUGAUUUCAUGAUUAGACACACACACACACACACACACACACACACACACAAAUUCCUGCACCACAGGUGUGUGUGCACAUUCCCCCUGUCCGGAGGACCUUUCCCCCUGCAGUUACACAUGUGAUCCCUCUAUCCCUUAAGAAGGAAGAGUGUGAGGAUGAAGGGAUAGAUGGAGGAGGUGGGGUCAGAGUGGUAUCUUCUUACCAACACCAAGGGCAGUUAUGCAAAAAAAAGAAAACCUUCCCUUGUUGUGCACAGGCCCCUUUGUUCUAUAUAAUCAGUGAGUGCUUUGAAGCCCUGAUUCUGUCUUUUCUGGGCCUAUUUACUAAUCAUCAGUGCCAGAGGCUCAUGGCUCUGCCAAUAAUUCAUACGCCUGCACAGAUGAUCUGGGUAUGAGCUGUGUACACAGAUUUACAGCAGGUAUCAGGUGUCUAAUAUCUACUAAUAAAGUCUUCCACAAGAAGGAAGCAUUCAUGACUCUUUAGACUUCAUGACUCUUAUUUAGUUGCUAUAAAAGUGAGAUUUCAUUUCAAAGUGAAUAGUGAUCCAAAAAGGCUUGCAUUUGCAGCUCAGGUAAAUAAUAAUAAUAAAAAGAAAAACAGUUAUGCAAGGUGUUUUGUAGAUCUCACAUAAAGACUCUCUGCCUUAUUCCUUUAUUUUUUUUUAACAAUCAGCAAAAUGUCUCAUUCCUAUCUCCCUUUGAUUUGGAGGAAAAGCAGAGGACCUUACUUUAUUAUGGGCAAAAAUCAUGCAGCUAGAGAAACCACAUGUGUACUUAUAUUUGUGUGGUUCCUUCAAAAAAAACCAAAGAUCUUCACAACUGCCUGUAAUACUGUCAGGAUGUUAAUGAUGGGAAAGAUGCGUGGCAAAUGAAUCAUGUCUUGACUGAUCUCUAUCAUUCUUUAUGUAAAACUAGGAAGCCAAAAUGUACAAGUGAGUUGUAUUUUAUUGUAUAUUGGAUUAAAGAGCACAAUGUUACUUUUUUUUCUUUUUUCUUUUGUUUUUCUUUUUACAAAAUGCCCCUUUUUUCCUUUUCAUAUAACAAAAUGUUAAUUCAUCUUGCUCCUUUCAUUUCUCUUUAUGCUCAAAGCAUGUACAUCUGAAACUGAUAUGUUAAUUUAAGAAUCUCAUCUAUGUAUGUAAUGAUAUCGUUAAUGCUUCCAUAUUGAGUGCUUGUAAAGUUUGCGGAUAAUGUAGUUUUUAAUCAUUUUAAUUAAAAAACACGUGUCUCAC